UCCCACCUUUACUCUCGGUCAUCAUGAGGACUCUGGUUGUUCUGGCAGUGAUAGGAGUGUGCUCCGCCUCCACCUAUCAGGCCCACAACCCUGACCACAGUUACAGCGUCCCCGUCCAGCCCAGGUGGAGGGGUCCCGUGGCUGCUACCGUCCCCGCCGGCGUGAACGGAAGAAUCGAACAGAUCCCCGACACCCCUGAAGUUGCCGCCGCUAAAAACGAUUUCUUCAGGGCCUACAACAACCAGUUGGCUGCUGUUAGUUACGGUACUCCAGGUUACGCUCCAUCUCCUCCUGUCUCUCACGGCCCCGUUGUCAGCGCCUUCACCCCCGACGUCCCUUCCUACCCUUAUGGUUUCCCUGCUACCACCUAUAACGUCGCCCCCGUCCAGGUCCGCGACACACCCGAGGUGGCCGCCGCCAAGGCUGAGUUCUUCAGGACCUACGAGAGGCAGGCAGCAGCGGCAGCCGCGGCACCUGACGACUACACCCGGUACUGAGCUGGACUGUAGAGACAUGUCGACCUCCUUCUUUAAUAAUAAUUUUCUAACGACCGCCUCUCUUUCUCCGACAUUACAUCUGAUGUUUUACUUUUUCGUCAAGAUGAGUUAAGAGAAAAAAAUGCUGAGGCUGAACAUACUUUCAAUAAUUCUCUGUUGUCCUUUUUAUUUUGAAGAACCUACAAAAAUAUCAUGUAACUUCUCUUGUGUCGACAAUAAAACUUUUUGAACGAAA